UCUUCGUUUGCUAACCAAAACUGCAAUCUUUAUUUUUAUCUUUUCCACCAAAUUCCAAAAUUGCAGCUCCCAUUUUAAUGCCCAUUAAUGCUCUACUCUAUAUAUUUCUCUUUCCCUAGGCCAUAAAUUUCUUUUAUUUUGCUCUUGAACUUAUUUGUUGCAAAUAGUAGCAGUAGCUAUGGCGGAUAAUUCCACUCAGUUGAAAUCCGAUGCUAUAUUUGAGCAAAUGAAACUUCAUCUCACUACUGAUGCUGGCAAGGCACUCAUCAAAAAAAUUGGCCUCGUUUACCAAAUCAACAUCGCCCCUAAGAAAAUUGGAUUCAAUGAGAAGGUGUAUGUUGUUGAUCUUAAGAAAGGAGAAACAAAGGAAGGGCCAUAUGAGGGUGGGAAGCCCGAUGCAACCUUUUCAUUUAAGGAUGAUGAUUUUGUGAAGAUUGCCACUGGAAAAAUGAACCCCCAAAUUGCUUUUAUGAGGGGUGCAAUGAAAAUUAAGGGCAGCAUAAGUGCAGCGCAGAAAUUCACACCUGACAUUUUCCCAAAGCCUUCAAAAAUGUGAACAAAGCUACUACUAAAAUCAGCCCGGGCACGAAGCAUCUCGCGUUUAUGCAGGGUCCGGAGAAGGGCCGCACCCCAAGGGAUGUGAUAUAGGCAGCCUACCAGUUGCUGAUUCCACGGCUCAAACCCGUGUUUUAUGGUUAUGUCUUCAUAUAGUCGAGAUUAAUUAGUUUGGGUUUGUGAUUUAGUUGACUGUAUGUUACAUAUAUCUGUAGCAUUAGAAACUACAGCAGUUGUCAUUAGCUUCUUUCUGAUAUGCUUAUGGAACAAUCUUAAGGUGCACUGUGUUCGUCGGCUUAAGGAGGGAUGUUCCUUAAAAUACAUGUUGAUGUUGGUUAA